CCCCCGCCCGCCGCUUGCCGCGCGGGGCGAUGGGAACGCGGCUCCCGUUCUAAUUCAUAAAAUGGCGGCAACGUCGUCGCAGGAGACGAACAGCGACGAUGAAUUCGAGGUGGAGGCCAUCCUGGACUGGCGAGUGCGGCGUGGCCGCGCCGAGUACCUGGUGAAGUGGAGCGGCUACGGUGCAGAAGAGAACACGUGGGAGCCUCCCGAGAACCUGGCUAACUGCCCCGAGCUGCUGAGCAACUUCAGGGCGCGCACGCCGCAGCUGUCGAGCCCCGUGCGCAGCCGCCACGGCACGCCGCAGGGGACCCCGCGACGCAGGCCCCAGCUCCCCGAUAGCCCCCCCGGGUCGCCAACCGCACGUCCACCCAUCAAGGAGCUGCCGGGCAAACAGGUGGAGCAAGAAGCAGAGCUCAACCACGCCGGGGACACCAGCGCAGCGCUUGACACGCGCACACACAACGGCACGCAGGAGGAUUCCUGCGAGGAUGGGGGCGUGACACAAGAUGAGAUGGCGCAAGAAGACAGGGCCCAGGCGGUACCAGCACAGGACAGCGACAUCGACGCAGACGUGGAGGAUGGGAGUAGUAGGCUGUUGGACCCCAGCGGCCUGCAGCGCUCGAGCUCGCGGAGGCGGCGCCGCAUGAAGCCCGUGCGGCAAGACACAACGGAGAGCGAGGACGACGCCAGCGCCGUGGUGAAGCGCCCGCGCUGGAGCCUGCGCCUGAGUCCGCACCGCGAGGGGAGACCGUCAGCCGAGGAGAGCACGUCAAGGGUGCGGCCCCUCUGCGUGGCCCACCCGGGAACGGCCGAUGCCUGCGAUGGGCCCAGCGAGGCCCAGGGUGCCGACAAGGUGGCGGCGUCGUCACAGGUCGUGGGUGGCCGGCGCAAGCGCUGGGCGCUCCCGGCCGCAUGCACCGUGGGCAUUGCACUGCUGCUCCUGCUGGUAGUGUACGGUGUUCUGCAGCGCGAUGGGUAGAGCACUUGUAUUGAGAGUACGGGCGCGACCUUGUCUCCCCCGAAAGCGCCGUCAGGGUGCGUUCAUUGUCAUUGUUCUCGUCUUGUUUCUCGAUGGCCUCUUAAGUGUUGGAUGCACUCUACUCAGAGGGGAAAUUCUCUCUGAAACCGCAUUUGUAUUUUCCGUGUGUGUAACCGUACACCUUGUGCAUCCGGGUCUGUGCCCCCUCCUGUGCCUGACUGCAGGUUUUAUAUAUUUUCCGCCUUUUUUUAUUUUAUGUUACCAGGAGAAGUAUCAGCCGAGGCUUUGUCAGUUUUCUGGAAUUGUCAAAUAGCCCAAUUGCAAAAGUCUGAUUGCAGUUUUUGCAAUCUUAAAUUCGUGGCAGACCACACCAACUGUUAACGUUGACCGAAAAUGCACAAGCGUUUGCCGUAUGUUGCACUUUUGGGCAACUUCAUGUGAAAUGUUGAGAUUUCCUCAGCAUUUGACUUCAAUUGAGAGAACACAGAAAACAUGCCCCCCCCCCCUUCAAAACCACUGCAGGACUGUCUGUGCAACAGAGCGCCUCAGUGAUAGCCCUGAGCUCUUGGACUGGCGUGAAUACCAAAAUGUACAAAUGCUCGGAUUUAUGAGAAUAUCACGAGGGUAGAAAGUGCGUUGGCUUUUUUUGCAAGCAGUGUCGAUUCGUUCAGUGCGAAUGAUUUUAAGGUGGCUUCUGACGGGCGCUGCGCGCUACAUGUGAUCAGUUCCACCGUGAAGGGCAGCAACUGGUCCAAGAGGCCAGGAAUUAGGUUAAUGUGCAACACGCACCAUGCACACAAAUGUCGCGGUUUAUUGUCGAUCAUGAAGAAAUGUAAUAGCUCCCCCCGGACGUGUUUCCGGGGUUAUGUGCUGUUGAGCAUGAUGUCCAACGUUUUUCUCCGUGUGUUUGGAGCUUCGGAAAGUGAAAUGAACAGUUCGCUUGCCCUCCCCCAAUCUCAUGCUGAACAACAGCGCAUUGGGGCUGUACAGGCAUUGGGCUGUACAGCGCAUUGGGGCUGUACAGCGCAUUGGGGCUGUACAGCGCAUUGGGCUGUACAGCGCAUUGGGGCUGUACAGCGCAUUGGGGCUGUACAGCGCAUUGGGGCUGUACAGCGCAUUGGGGCUGUACAGCGCAUUGGGGCUGUACAGCGCAUUGGGGCUGUACAGCGCAUUGGGGCUGUACAGCGCAUUGGGGCUGUACAGCGCAUUGGGGCUGUACAGCGCAUUGGGGCUGUACAGCGCAUUGGGGCUGUACAGCGCAUUGGGGCUGUACAGCGCAUUGGGGCUGUACAGCGCAUUGGGGCUGUACAGCGCAUUGGGGCUGUACAGCGCAUUGGGGCUGUACAGCGCAUUGGGGCUGUACAGCGCAUUGGGGCUGUACAGCGCAUUGGGGCUGUACAGCGCAUUGGGGCUGUACAGCGCAUUGGGGCUGUACAGCGCAUUGGGGCUGUACAGCGCAUUGGGGCUGUACAGCGCAUUGGGGCUGUACAGCGCAUUGGGGCUGUACAGCGCAUUGGGGCUGUACAGCGCAUUGGGGCUGUACAGCGCAUUGGGGCUGUACAGCGCAUUGGGGCUGUACAGCG